GAGAGACUUACUCCUGCCUUCUUGUACAGUACCCACCUAUAUUGAGUGCAUGACGCACACAGGACUAACAUUACUGCAGCACUGUGCUCUCACACAUGUUCAGUCACUGUCACAGGAUAGUCAGACAGCAGCUGGGGUUUGACAGUUGAUCAGCUAAACAUGUCAGUGAAACUGGAAGGCAACAUUUUGGUGACUGGCAGCAACAGAGGUAUUGGUUUGGAGCUGGUCAAACAACUGGCAGAGAAGACAAGAGAGGAGGCUCACAUCUAUGCCUGCUGCAGAGACCCUGAGGGAACCAGGGCUGAGGCCCUGAGAAAGCUCACUGCUCAAUAUCCUGGAAAGAUCACGAUGAUCAAACUAGACAUGUUGGAUGAGGACAGUAUCCUGACUACUGUCCAGGCUGUGAGCAAGCAGGUUGGGGCAGUUGGGUUGAACCUCCUCAUCAACAAUGCAGCUAUCAAUACUCCAGCUUCACCAGCACCACUGUCUGCCACCGGGAAAAAGGAUAUGAUGGAGGUGUAUGAAACCAAUGUGGUCGGACCAUUUCUCCUCGCAAAGAUGUGUCUCCCUCUCCUCCAGAAAGCAGCAGAGAGGCACUCACCUGAAAAGGACAUGGGUGAUAAAAUGUCCUGCAGGAGAUCAGCUAUUAUCAACAUCUCCACUCUCAUCUCAUCCAUUGAGAAAUGUCCAGAGACCUUCCCUGUGGCACAGAUGUAUCCUUACAGAACCAGCAAGGCAGCGUUGAACAUGCUGACUCGCUGUCAAGCUGAGGACUUCAAGAGCUACAACAUACUGGUGACAGCUAUCCACCCUGGCUGGGUGCACACUGAGAUGGGAGGAGAAGAGGCUCCUUUGACCACCCAGGACAGUGUACAUGGCAUGCUUGGUGUGAUGUCAUCACUCUGCAAUAAAGACAGCGGGAUGCUGUUAGACUGGGAGGGCAACUCAAUCCCCUGGUAGCAGUCACCAUAACAGUCACUCCAGGCUGACCAGCUGAUGAUUUCUGCAUACAAAGACAGUGUAGCAGGAUGGUGCUGCCACAGUAACAUCCACCUUUUUAACUGUAAAAUGCCUUAUUAUUGGCCUCUAUGACAGGAAAAAUACAUUAAGAAAAACAUCAUGUCACUUUUUGAAAUAAAUAUUUGAUAACA